CUUCUUAAGGAAUGCCUAAAACAAGGGACUGACGAUCCUGCUCUAAUUUUGCUUUACUUUUACACUUCAGAAAUUAGUAUUCUGAUAAUAAUUCACAUAUUUUUACAAAUGGAUGAUGUAUUUGGUAAAGCUGGUGGAAGAUUCAAAAUUUCAUUCAUAGAUUCAACAAUGAUGUGGAUUGUAUACCGAGCAAUGGACAAAGCACAGGAGAGAGCACAGUCUAAAGAAGGCGUAAUCGAAUGCCUGACCGAAAUCUCGAAGUUUUACGAGUUGGCAGUGAUGCAAUUAGAAGGGUGUUUGAAGUUUGUUCAGGAAGAAACUGACAGCAGCUUCGAGAGCAGCGACGAGGAGGUGCUGGGGGACUUGGCGGAAAUCAAAGACCGACUUGUCGGGCGCUUGAAGGAGUCGGAGUUGGCGAUUGCGGAGAAGGAUAAGGAGUUAGCUUGGAGGUUUGAGAAUGAGAUGAAGCUUAGGAAAGCAUUGGAAAUGAAGGAUAAGAAGUUGGAUGCUUUGUAUGCGAAGCUUAAUCUUGAUCCGACGAAGAGUAAUGAGGGCGGAGAGGAGGUCGUUGUUGAGAAUCAGGCGGAUGAGGAUCGAGAUGAGGAGUUUUCGGGGUUGAAGCAUUCUGUUGAACAGCAGGUUUGGAAUAUCAAGCAACAACUUGAGCCUGAAGUUAAUUCUGAUAGGAUGAUAAAUAAGAGUUCUGAAAGCGUAAAGAUUGAGCAAAUGUGUUCGGAUAUAGACAUUUUGAAAGAAACUAUGGAUUUCGCUUUCGGGAAAAUGCAGAGUGCUAUUUUAGUGUCUGAGAUGGAACCUAUAGAGCAGCAAUGGAGGUUGACCAUUGAGAGAGAUGCAUUAGCUAUUCUGAUGAAAGGUUUUAUGAGGGAUAUCGGGCGACAGAAGAAAGUUUCUUGCGGAUUGAGCGAUCAGUUGUCGGAUUUAAUUAAAGAGAUGAAAUGCUUGGAUGAUGAACUGGGAGCUCUGUGUUUGUCUGAAAGCAGCAAUGAGGGGAAGAAUUUCCUGAAGGCAGGAGUAAAAUUUCGAGCGGAAGAAGACCGGAUUGACGAAGAAAACACGGAAGAUGAUGGUGGUAGUAAUUAUGUUGCUAAACUGAUAAAGGGUCAUGAGUCCAUUAUCAAGAGAAAAAACAAAGAACUGAAAUGGCUGAAACGAGAAAAUACCGAAGAAAAAGGCUCUUCGUGUUUAACGAGAGAAGAGGAUCUUGUCAAACCAAGAAGAAGAAUCCAAGACGUUAUUGAAAGAAUGCGGAAUUUGGUUACCUUGAAUGCAAGUUUUGCCGAAAGUAUUGAGGAUUGUGGAGGCAGCGAUGGAGUUGAAGAAGGUUACUCGACAGAAAGAUCGAAAAAAGAGGAAGAAUCUCAACUUGCGGGUCGAAACAACAAGAAGGAGAAAGUGAAGAAAACAUUGAAGUUUGAUGCAAUGAAUUAUGAGGAACUCCAAAAUGAAAUAAGGUUACUGAAAGAAGAAAAAGAAGAUGCAUAUUUUCGAACCGUGAUAAAAGAGAAGACGUAUUCUGCAAUUUGGGAAGGAUUUGUCGAAGAAUCGAGGGCAGAAUUAUUCAGGCGUGAUUCGGAGAUCCUGAUUAGAGAAAGUGCACAUGAAGAGUAUAUUUUGCAGAUAAAAUUAAGUGAUAAUAUAAGCAAGAUCUUUAUGAGGGAAAUAUACAAGGAAUGGAACGAGCUUGUAGAAAAAUCUGCUGCUGAAAAUCAGGUUAUGGAGGAGAGGUAUCUAGCUAAAUUUGAAGAGACCCUUAGAGAAAUAAAAAAGACUAACAAUCGCGAAAUAAGCAAAUUGAAAGAGUUGAAUUUAGAGGCAAACUUAAGAGAGGAAAUGUCAAGAUUUCUCUUUGGAGAAGUGUGCAAGGAGUGGAAUUAUGAAGAACUCCGAAAUGAAGUAAGGUUACUGAAAGAAGAAAAAGAAGAUUCAAGUUUUCGAGCUACUAUAAUGGAGAAGACUUAUUCUGCAAUAUGGGAAGGAUUUGUGGAAGAAUUGAGGACAGAUUUAUUCAGGUAUGACUCGGAGAUCCUGAUAAGAGAAGGCGUACAUGAAGAAUCUAUUUUGCAGAGAAAAUUGAGUGACGAUAUAAGCAAGGUCUUUCUGAGGGAAAUAUGCAAGGAAUGGAACAAGCUUGCAGGAAGAUCUACUGCUGAAAAUCAAGUCAUUAAAGAGAGGUAUGCAAUUGAAUUUGAAGAUACACUUAGAGAAAUAAAAAACACUAAUGAUCGCGAAAUAAGUAAAUUUAAAGAGUUGAAUUUAGAGGGAAAGUUAAGAGAAGAAAUGUCAAGAUUUCUCUUUGGAGAAGUGUGCAAAGAGUGGCAAGAGGCUGUUGAAAGAUCUGAUAUCGAAAACCAUAUUUAUCGUAUUGCCAUUCUAGAGACUCUCAAAAGUAUAGCAAACACUAAUUAUUGUCUAGAAAGCAAACUCGGUGAGGUGAAGAACGCAGAGAAUGAUAUGCAUGGCUUUCCACUUCAUAAUGACUCAAGUCAGCUGAUAAAAUAUUCAGUUAAAGAUGGGGAGGCUCACAACUUUGAGUGUCUCAUCAGAGAAGAACUUUUUCUGUUCAUUAUUGCUGAGACUGUGAAAGAGGCUAAUAUUGCUUGCAGAGAAAUUCCAUCUCAGAGUCAUUCGGAAACCUCUGAAGAUUUCAGUUCUUCGGAUAUGUUACAUAAAAGUCACGAAUUUAGUGGAGAGGAGAUUUUGAUUGAUAAAGAAGAUUCAGGAUUGGAAUUCCCUAAAGUUGAAGAGGAUUUGAUUCUAAGCGCGAGUUCUGACAAUAACGAGUGUACUGAACACUUGAGCCUCAUUCAGUAUAAGCAUGCUAAAUCUGAUAAGUUGCAGAUAACCCAAGAGCUGUUAACUGGUAUUGAAAGCAGUUUCACUUCUGUGAGCAGUAAAGUUGGCCAAUCCUUAGAGAACUUAGCUGUGAGUAAGGCGAUAGUGAAUGAAUUAAGAUGUUUUCUUGGUGCAUCAGAUGAUGAUCAGAAGGCUUCAACAGAUUACACGGAAUCCGCCUUUAUGCAGCAGAAGGAAGUAACUCCAUAUUUCGCAGCAUUUACACCUCUCAUGGAAUUUUCUCAAGUAUUUAUAGACUUUAGGUGCUUAGUUGAAGAAAAAAUAGAGUUAAACAAUUUGAGGCUAGAAGAAGCAAUGCGGAAUUUGAAUAUACUUGCCGAUCUUGUUGCCAAGCGAAGAAGGGAGGAAAGGCUAUAUAGGAAGGCGUUUAUCAGUCGAUGUCAGAAUCUAAGAAAGGCUGAAACUGAGGUGGAUCUACUUGGAAAUCAAGUGGAAGUACUUUUAGUAUUACUUGAGAAGAUAUAUAAUGUACUGCAUCAUUAUUCACCAGUGUUGAAAAACUAUUUUGAGGUUUCAGACAUUUUGAAGAUUAUCAGUAAGGAAUUAGUUGGUGAAGUUCUUGGUUCUAUUGACAAAUAGACUACUGACUG